CGCCCCGCGCCGCGCCGCCCCCCGGGGGGGCCCGCCCGCCCGGGCCCCCCGCGCGCGCGCCCCGCUCGCGCGGCGCGCCCCGCCCCGCCGCGCGGGGCGCGCCCGCGCGCGCCGCCCUGCGCGCGCCGCCCGCGCCCGCGCCCGGGGGGGCCCCCGCGCGCCCCCCGGCCCGCGCGCGCCGGCGCCCGCCGCGCCGGGGCCCCCCCCGCCGGCGCGCGGCGGCCCCCCGCGGCGGCCCCGCCGCGCGCGCGCCCCGCCCCCCGCCGGGCCGCGCGCCGCGCCCCCGCCCCCGGGCCCCCGCCCCCCGCGCGCCCGCCCCGCGCGCCGCGCCCCGCGCCGCCCCGCCCGCGCGCCGCCCCCGGGGCGGCGGCCCCCGGCGCGCGCCGCCCGCGGGGGCCCCGCGCCGGGGGGGCCCCGGGCCGGGGCCCCCGGCCCCCCCGGCGGCGCGCGCGCCCCCGCCCCCGCGCCCGCGCCCGCCGCGCGCGCCCCCGGCGCCCCGGCGCGCGGGGCCCCCCCGGGCCCCCGGGCCCGCCGCCCGCGCGGGCGCGCGGCCCCGGCCGCCCGCGGGGCCUGGCCGCGCCGGGCGCGCCGGCCGCCCCCCGCGCGCGCCGGCCCCCCCCCCGGGCCGGCCCCCCGGCGGCGCGCGCGCCGGCGCCCGCGCCGGCGCGCCCGCGGCCCGCGCGGGGCCGCGCCCCGCCGGCCCCCCCCGCGCCGGCGGCGGGCCCCCGCGCCGCGCCCGCCGGCGCCGCCGCCCGCCGCGCGCGCCGCGCGCGCCCCGCGCGCGCGCCCCGCCGCCCGCGCGCCCGCCGCGCGCGCGCGCGCGCGGCCCCGCGGCGCCGCCGCCGCCGCGCCGCGCCCCCGCCGACGGGCGCGCCCGCCGGCCGCGCCGGCGCCCCCCGGGCCGCGCCGCGCCGCGGCGCGGGACGCCCCCCCGCGCCGCGCGCGCCGCCCCGACGCGGCGCGCGCCGCGCGCCGCGCGCGCGGCGCGGCCGCGCGCCCGCCGCCGCCGCCGCGCGGCGCGCGGCGCCGCGCGCGCGCGCGCGCGCGCCCGCCGCGGCGGCGCCCGCCGCGGCGCCCGCGCCGCGCGCCCCGCGCGCGCGCGCGAGCGCCGCGCCGCACGCGCCGCGCGCGCGCGCCCGCGCGCGCCCGCGCGACGCGCGCGGCGCGCCGACCCGCGCGGGGCCGCGCGCGACGCCGACCGCGCCGGCGACGCCCGCGCGCGCCGCCGACGCGCGCCGCCCCGCGCGGCGCGCGCGCCGCGCGCCCCGCGCGCGCUGCGCCCAGACGCGCGCGCGCGCGCGCCGCGCGGCGCGCGCCCGCCGCGCGCGCGCGCGAACGCGCGCGCGCCGCGCGCGCGACCCCCCGCGCCCGCCGCGCGCCGCGGCGCCGCCGCCGCGCGCGCGCGCGCGCCCCGGGCGCCGCCCGGCGCGCGACCGCGCGCCGCGCCCCGCGCGCGCGCGCGGCGCGCGCGCGACCGGCGCGCGCGGCGCCGCCGCGCCGGGCGCCGCGCGCGCGCGCGCGCGCCGGGACGCCGCGCGCGGGGCGCGCGCGCGCGCGGCGCGCGACCGCGCGCCGGCGCCGCGCGCGCGCGCGCACGCGCGCGCGCGCAGCGGCGCGCGCGCGCGCGCGCGCCGCCGCCCCCGCCGCGCGCACGCGCGCCGCCGCGCCGCGCCGCGCGCGCGCGCGCGCGCGCCGCGCGCGCGCGCCGGCGGCUCGCGCGCGCGCGCCGCCCGCGCCGCGCCGCGACGCGCGCGACGCGCCGCGCCGCGCCGCGCGCGCGCCGCCGCGCCCGCGCGCGCGCGCGCCGCCGCGCGCGCGCGCGCGCGCGCGCGCGCGCGCGCGCCCGGCGCGCCCGGCGCGCGCGCCCGCGACCGCGCGCGCGCGGGGCGAUCGCGCGCGCGCCGCGCCGCCGCGCGCGCGCGCGACGCCCCCGACGCGCGCGCGCGCGCGCGCGCGCGACCGCGCGCCGCGCGCGCCGCGCGCGCCCCGGCGCCGACCCGCGCGCCCGCGCGCCGACGCGCGGCCGCCGCGCCCGCGCGCCGCGCGCCGCGGGGCGCGCCGCCGCGCCGCGCGCGCGCGCCCCCCCCGCGCCCGCGCCCGCCGCCGCGCCGCCCGCCCCGCGCGCGCGACGCGCCCCCCGGGGACAGCGCGCCCGCCCCCCGCGCGCGCGCGCCCCCGCGCGCCGCCGCCCCCCCGCCCCCGCCGGCGCGCGCGCCGCCCCGGGGCCGCCGCCGGGGCCGCCGGCGCGACCCCCGCGCGCCCCCGCGGGGGCCGCGCACCGCCGCGCCGCCCCCCCGGGCGCGACGCCCGGCGCCCCCGCCACGGCGCCCGCCGCCGCGCGCCGCCGCGCCCCGCGCGCCCCCCCGCCCCCCGCGCGCGCCGCGCGCCCCGCGCCGCGCGCCCCCGCGCGCGCCGGACCGGCGCCGCGCGCGCCGGCCGCCCCCGCGCGCCCCCCGCCGCCCCCCGCCGGGCCCCCGCCCCGCGCCCCGCGAGCGCCGGGGAGCAGCGCGCGCCGCGCCCCGCCCGCGCCAAAGCCCCCCGCGCGGCCCCGCGCCCCCGGGGCCCCGCGCCGCGCGCGCCCCGCCCCCGCGCCGCAAAACGCGACGCGCGCGGCCCCCGCCCCCCGCGCCCGCCCCGACGGCCGGCCGCCGCGCCGCCGCGCCCGGCGCCGCCCCGCGCGCACCCCCGGGCGCCCCCCCGCGGCCGCCCCCGCGCCCGCGACCCCGGGCCGCCGCGACGCGCCGCGCGCGCGCCGCCGGGGCCCGAGCCCCCGCGGACGCGCGCGCCGCGCGCGCGCGCGCGCGCGCGCCCCCGGGCGCGCGCGCGGCCCCCCCCGCGCCGCGCCGGCCGCCGCGCGCCCCCCGGGCCCCCGCGCGGGGGCCCCCGCGCGCCCCGCCCGCGCGGCCGCCCGGGGCCCCGCCCGCGACGCCCCCCCGCGCGCGCGCGGGGCGCGCCCGCGCGCGCCCCCCGGCGCGGCGCGCCCCGCGCCGCCACGCCCGCGACGCCCCGCCCGCGCGCCGCCCGCCGCGCCGCCCGCGGCGCCCGCCGGCCCCCGCGCCGCGCCCGGCGCGCCCCCCCCCGCCGCGCCGACGCCGCGCGCGCGCCGCGCCCCGCGGCCCGCGCGACGCCCCCCGGCCGCGCGCGCCGCGCGCGCGCGCGCCCCGCGCGCGCCCCGCGCGCGCGCGCGCCCGCCGCCCGCGCCGCGCCGCGCGCCGGCGCCCGAGGGCCGGCGCGCCCGCGCCCCCCGGGCCGCGCCCCGCGGCGCGCGCGGCGCGCGCGCGCGCGCGCGGCGCGCGCGGCGCGGGGCGCGCGCAGCCCGCGCGCGCGCCCCGCCGCGCGGCCCCGCGCGCGCGCCCGCCGCCCCCGCGCGCGCGCCCCGCGGGGGCCCCCGCGCGCCGCGCGCGCGCGCGCGCCCGCGCGCGCGCCGGCGCGCCCCCCGCCGCGCGCGCGACGCCCCGGGGACCCGCGCGCGCCCGGCCGCCGCCCCGCGCGCGGACGCCGGCCGCGCCGCGCCGCCCGCGCGCCGCGCGCGCGCGCCCCGCCCCCCCGCCCGCGCGCCGCGCGCGCGCCGCGCCGCCGCGCGCGCCCCGCGCGCGCGCGCGCCCGGCGCCCCGCGCGCGCGCCCCCCCCGCGCCCCGCCCCCCGCGCCCGCGCCGCGCGCGCCCCGCGCGCCCCCGACCCCCGCCGCCGCGCCGCCCGGCGCCGGGGCGCGCCCCGCGCGCGCGCCCCGGGGACCGCGCGCCGGGGGGAAGCGCCCCGCGCCGGCCGCGCCGCGCGGCCCGCGCGCGCGCGGCGCGGCGCGCCCCGCCCGCCGCCGCGCCCCGCCGCGGCGGCCCGCGCGACCCGCGCGCGCGCGCGGGGCCCGAUCGCGCCCCCCGCGCCGCGCGCGCGCCGCGCGCGCGCCGCCCCCCGCGCGCCGCGCCCCGGCCGCGCCGCCCGCCGCGCCCGGCGCCGCGCCCCCCGCGGCCCGCGCGCCCCGC